UUCAAUAAGCUGGGCAGGAGAUGGAUACACACAAUGAAAAGAGCAAUGAUGAACUCAAGUACGAGAAAAUUGCUUGGGGAAGUUCAUUGCCAGUGCCUAGUGUUCAAGAACUAGUGAGAAAUGAUGCUAAAGAGGUUCCCAAGAGAUAUAUACAGAACAAUGAGAACAGACCAAUUACUAAUUUUAAACCAUCUCAAGAGUCAGCUGAAAUCCCAAUCAUCAAUUUUUCACUUCUUGCUGAUGGAAACGAAGAUGAACGAAAAAAGGUGCACUUGGCAUGCAAAGAAUGGGGUUUCUUCCAGCUAUUAAACCAUGGGAUUACAAAAGAGGUGAUGCAGAAUGUGAAGAAAGCUGUAUCCCGUUUUUUUGAACUUCCAUUGAUUGAAAAAAAGAAAUAUGCCAUGGAAAAAGAUGAUCUCCAUGGAUAUGGUCAAGCUUUUGUACACUCAGAAGAGCAGACACUAGAAUGGUCUGACAUAAUGUUUCUCAUUAUAUAUCCACUCAAAUCAAGGAAAACCAUGGUCUGGCCAGAAUUACCAGGUUUCAAGGCAGCAGUUGAGGAGUACUCUUCAAAUUUGGAAAGGGUACGUGAUGAGAUAUUAGAGAACAUAUCAUUAUUGUUGGGAUUAGAGAGAAAGGCUCUGAAAGAGAUGCAUGGAGAAAUGAAGCAUGCAGUGCGAAUGAACUACUAUCCACCAUGUCCAAAUCCUGAUCUUGUUCUAGGAAUUGGACCACAUUCAGAUGCCACAUCCAUCACUUUACUCCUACAAGAUGAUGAUAUUACUGGACUCCACAUUAACCACAAUAAAACAUGGCUUCCCGUUCACCCUAUUCCUAAUGCCAUACUUGUUAACGUCGGUGAUUGCAUUGAGAUUUGGAGUAAUGGGAUGUACAAGAGCAUUGAACAUAGGGCUGUAACUAACAAGGAUAAAGUCCGAGUAUCUAUUGCGACGAACGUGUUUCCAGCUGACACAAGAGAAUUGGAGCCAAUUGAGACAAUGAUAUAUGAGCAACGUCCAAGCAUGUAUAAAAGGGUUAAGUUUCUUGAUUUGAUUAGAUAUGGAAUGUCCAAAACGAUGGAUGGAAAGAUAUUUAUCGAGUUUGCCAAGGAAGAGGACAAUCAAGGGCCAUGACGUCACUGCUCUCAAGUAACAGCAAGGAAGGGCCAGCUAUUUGUUGUGUUAACAACAAUUAUUACUUUAAAAUAAUAUUGUCCCCAACUUAUGUUUUGCAAGGACAUGCAUUGUGUGUGAUAAGAAACCCUGUAAGAUAUUAAUAAUUGGUAUGUGGGUAUGCAUUGUGUGAUAAUAAAGCAUGUAUGAUAUUAAUAAUCGGUAUUUGGGUAUCUGUUGCAUGUUAGUGAUAAUGAAGAGAGCAAAUCUUUUGAUGUAUCGCAAUGUUAAAAUGCCUCUCUUUCUUCUUCUUCUUCUUGUUUUUUUUUUUUUUUUUUUUUUUUUUGUGGAAAUCAAAAGAGCAGCUGCUGGCUCAAUAAUCAUGGGCUUAACAUUGAAGUUUCGAUGAUUAGACAAACAAUGUAUCUGAGACAAUUAACAGGAGAUAUAAGAAGGAAUUCAAUUGAAGAACCAGAUAUCCAAUCAGAUCUCCAAAGAAUUUAGUGGAGCAGUCACAACAAUUAGAAGUCAUUUCAUGCCGACAUUGGAGAAGAUGGAAUAUUGACUAAUUCCUAUUCAAGGAAGAGUUGGAUUUCAGUUAUGGUAAUAUUCUAAAAUAUACCAUAAAUUUAUAAACAUGGAAAUUAGCAUUAUAGUAGGACAAGGAAG